ACUUUCCAGUUUCCAGCCCCGCCCUUCCACCGGCGGUCUGCAGAAACAGUCGCCGUCCUACUCAUCUCAUGGCAAUCUCAUCAAUAUUCGACGGCGGAGAGCUCAGAAGGCAGUUUCACAGUGCCGGAAUAAACCCUAACUUCAUCCCUUUCAUUUGGAAGUACGUGGUUCAAAACCCUAACUGCGAUUGGGAUGACAUUCCUUCGUUGCCUUCCGCUGCAUACCCUCUCCUUCGGUCACACUUCAAACCCUCUACUUCCAGUCUCCACACCGUCAUCGAUUCGUCCGACAAUGUGACCACCAAACUCCUCAUCAAGUUGCAGAAUGGAUCUUUUGUAGAAGCUGUAAUUAUGAGGUAUGACACACGUUUAGGGAAGUAUGGUGGAAAACCUCGUCCUGGAGGUCCAAGGUCAACCUUGUGCAUAUCAUCUCAGGUGGGUUGUAAAAUGGGCUGCAAAUUCUGUGCAACUGGAAGCAUGGGAUUUAAAAGCAAUCUAUCCUCAGGAGAAAUCGUGGAACAAUUAGUGCAUGCUUCUCACUUUUCGCAAAUACGGAAUGUUGUGUUCAUGGGAAUGGGAGAACCACUGAAUAACUAUUCUGCCUUAGUGGAAGCUAUCCAUAUCAUGCAAGGAUCUCCAUUUCAGCUAUCACCAAAGAAAAUCACUGUAUCAACGGUAGGGAUUAUUCACGCUAUCAACAAGCUCCAAAGUGAUCUACCAAAUUUGAACUUGGCAGUAUCACUGCAUGCACCAGUUCAAGAUAUCCGUUGUCAGAUAAUGCCUGCAGCUCGAGCUUUUCCUUUGGAAAAGCUCAUGGAUGCCCUGCGGACCUAUCAAACAAAUAGUGGACAGAAAAUCUUUAUUGAGUACAUAAUGCUUGAUGAGGUGAAUGAUGAAGAGCAACAUGCUCACCAGCUCGGGAAAUUGCUGGAGACAUUUCAAGUGGUUGUAAAUCUUAUACCUUUCAAUCCCAUUGGCAAUCUAAGUUAUUUUAAAACCAGUAGCGAACAGAAAGUUGCAAGAUUUCAGAAAAUUCUUAGAGGUACUUAUAACAUCCGGACAACAGUACGCAAGCAAAUGGGUCAAGACAUAAGUGGUGCAUGUGGUCAGUUGGUGGUUAAUCAACCAGAUAAGAGGUCUACGGGAAGUGCUGGUCUCUUAACCGACAUUGAAGAUUUGCAUCUUUGAUACAGCAGUUCAUUUCAGGUUAUUGGUGGAGGGAAUUGAGCUGAGUUUGGAAGUAGCCCUCAGUUGAUGUCGGAAAAAGUUCCAAAUGAUUUUUCUUCUAAUUAAAUGAGUGAAUUCCCAUAAAAUUAGGGCUUUUUUGUAAACUAGUAGGAUCAGAGGGCAGAGAGACUAUUCGUGACAGUUCUUUGUUCAUAAUAUGUGGUCACUGAGGUUUCACUUGUUUGAUCAGAAACUGAAAUAAAAAAAAAAAAAAAAGGUGGGGGGGAUCAAACAUUGAGAUUGAAUAUUGCUCUGAUUGUAAUUUUAAGUCUGUGCCCCCCAUAAGGGCCAUACAGAAAAGUAAUUAAAGCGACUUUCUUUCUACU